GUCGUAGAGGCAUUCCGUUUUUGAUAUUGCAAUGUUGGCUGCCGUCCAAAAAGACAUUUACGAUUGCACUAUUCCGGCAUUGCAAAAAUACGACGAACACCUAAAUCAAGUUCAAUGUAUUUGUGUUUGUCAUGAGUGUUGACUGUGAAUCUCUGUGUCCAAUUAAUUAAGUCAUCAAUUUUUCUAAGAAAACAAAACACAUUUCGUUCGUUUUUGUGUGUUUAUUUUGCAUUUAAAACUUUUCGAAAUUUUUAGUUGCAUUAAGUUUUCCAUUCGAAAAACAAACUCAGCUAUAAGUAUUGUGUAGUGCGAUUUUAACGAGAACAAAAAAAAGCGACAUCGAAAGAAAGAAGGAAUUCAUACACCGAAUACACGAAAAAAAAAGAAAGAAUCGACGGCAAAGCUUUCUUGCAAGUAAUGUGGUGUUUUUCAUGCGACUUUGCUUCAACUAAUACAGAACCAAUGGCGGCCAUCCGCAAAAAAUUAGUUAUCGUGGGAGACGGUGCCUGUGGUAAAACUUGCCUAUUAAUCGUGUUUAGCAAAGAUCAGUUUCCAGAAGUGUAUGUACCAACAGUAUUUGAGAAUUAUGUGGCUGAUAUCGAAGUCGAUGGCAAGACGGUGGAACUGGCCCUGUGGGAUACCGCUGGCCAAGAAGACUACGACAGGCUUCGACCUCUCAGUUAUCCAGAUACAAAUGUCAUUCUAAUGUGCUUUUCUGUCGAUUCACCGGAUUCGCUGGAAAAUAUACCAGAAAAAUGGACACCCGAAGUUAAACAUUUCUGCCCAAAUGUUCCAAUCAUCUUAGUCGGUAACAAGAAAGAUCUUCGAAGUGAUCCAAACACAAUUAAGGAAUUGGCAAAAAUGAAGCAAGAACCAGUCAAGCCAGAGGAAGGUCGCGCCAUGGCUGAAAAAAUUAAUGCAUUCGCAUAUUUAGAGUGUUCGGCAAAAUCUAAAGAGGGUGUUCGUGAAGUAUUCGAAACAGCAACACGGGCUGCAUUACAAGUUAAAAAGAAGAAGAAGGCACGAUGUAAUUUACUCUAAAAGAGUUGCACAUGGAAACAUAUUACUUUUUUUGUCUUUUUUUUUGGAAAAUUAACACAUACAACAAGAUUUUAUAAAAUAACAUUAAAAAAAAAGAGAAAAAAAAACCAAGAACAACAACGUAUUUACAACAACAUCAACAGCAAGAAAAUGAAAUGAACCAUGCCCGUAGUUCAUGAAAGAGAAAGAAAACCACAACAACACUUUUUUUCGAUUUAUCGUUUACUUCUUUUUCUGUUUUUUUCUUUCUUCAAUUGAUUGAUUUUGACCGACAUUCACACAUUCAGCGAAAGAAACAAACUGAAAAUUUAAAAAAAAAUUAAAAUUAAAAUGAAAGAAGAAUGAAAAAAAAACAUAAAUUAAUAAAUGAAACAAAUUUAAACGUCAUUUUGAUUUGGUCAAUUUUCUCUGGCCACGAAUGUGUCAAAAUCAAAGUGUGAUGUAGGUGCCUCUGCUAAAUACUGCUACUACUGCAGCUACAACAAAUUCUUCAUUUUAAUUUUUCCGAGAAUCCAACUCUUUUUUUCUUUUCUGAACACGUUCAACAAAAACAAUUAAAUGAAACAAACAAAUAAAUGAUUAAAAAAAAAGAAGAAAUUAUAAUAAUAAUAAUAGAGAUGAAACAAAUUGAGCAACAAAAACAACAAAAGUAAAAAAAAUUUAAUCUAUUUUAGAAUACAUUAUGAUAGUUUUUUUUUCUUCUUUAUCUUAACGUUUAAUUAAUCAAUUGAUAAACACACACGAAAAUAAAACUACAACAACAAAAAUUACAAAAAAAAAACAAAUCUGCUAAGGAUGGACAAAAGAAAGAAAGAAAAAAAUCAAAUUAUCGAGAGAAAAACAAAAAAAUGGAUUUAUUUUAAGUGAAUUAAUUCUAAACUGUAAUAAUUUUGUACACACAAAACCAACUUUUGUGGGACGACAGAAUUUUUUUUAGGAAUGUUUAACGCAAAAUAAACAAAGGAACAAUAUUUAAAGAAAAAUACAUAAAGAAAAGAGAAAAAAAAACAAAAUAGAUAGACAAAAACUAUGAUUAAGUAAAAUCAAAUGAAAACAACACAUUAUUUCGCAUAACAACAACAAUAACAGCAGCAGCAACAAAAACAACAACAACAACCAGAAAAUGAAUCACCAUCAUCAACUUUCACCAGCUGAAGGAAAAUCAAACUAUUUGAUGAUUGAGAGUGCGCCAGAAUAUUCCAAAAACGUAGACAGGUUUAGGGACAAAUUACACAUUUGAACAAGUUCGAACACAUUGUCAUUCGCAAAAAACGAAUUUCAACAACUUAUCCCCCUCCUCCAUUUCUUCGAACGUUUUUUUCUUUUUCUUUUGUAAAACAAAUAUAACAUUUUACAUUACACACGGUUUCUUAUUUUUUUUUUCUCUUUUGUUCGACAAAUUAAACAAAUAACUAAUUCAAAACCAAUGAAAAUGGAAAAACAACAAACAAACUGUAACUAGACAAGAUGAAGAAGAAAAGAAAGCACAUUACUUUAUGCAUAUAUUUUAAAGAUAAAAAGAUGAAAGAAAACUUUUUUAUUAAGCAUGAAAAAAAAAUCAGUUGUAUUUUUAUUAUAAAUAAUAAAGUCGUAUUUAUUAUGUCAGUCCGAAA